AUGUACCCCAACCCUCUCGUCUACUGCACCUGCUGGGAUCCCUGGAACUUGGGACCACGGAAACUAACCGAGACCCCUCAGCCACCAAGAAAGACCUCCCCAGUGAAGUCCAAGCUAACUCCUCCUCCUCCAGCUUCAAAAAAACAAAAUUAUGCCCAACCGAUAACAAAAUCUGUUGUCGCCCCAAAAAUGAAAAUCCAUUUAGGAAAACAUGAGGAGAGCAAUAAAUUACCUUGUGAAGUAAUAAACAUGUCACCUGGCUACCGCUUCGUUCGGAAUAGAGAGCAGAUUUCCGUCACCUUGGGAGAUGAGAUGUCUGAUAGGAAAAAGCAUUCAGAAUCAGACAGCAUGGACAAAGUCAGAAUUUCCAGGACUGCUAUCAUUACUGACCUAGAAGAACAGAUCUCAGAGCUGACAGCGGUAAUAGAGCAAAUGAACAGAGACCAUCGUUCUGCCCAAAAACUGCUCUCCAAUGAGAUGGAUCUCCGCUGUGCCGAGAUGCAGAAGAACUUUGAAAGCAAGAGGAGGGAGCUCGAGGAGGCUCACGCAGCACAGCUCAGUGAGCUGGAGAAAAACUACAAAGCAGCCUUGAAGGCAGAGAAGUUGGCUGCCCAGGAUAAACUAGAGGAGAUGGGAAAGGAAUAUAAGUAUUUGAAGAAUAUGUUUCAUAUAUAUCAGAACAGCAUUUAUGAUGAAAUGGAGGACAAGUGGUCAAAGAAGAAGGCAGAAUGGGAGAAGGAUGAGAAGUUGGAGUGGGAAAAGAUCCUGUUACGGCAAAGACAGAAGAUAACCAAAAAAUUUGAGUUAGAGUCAGAAGAAGAGAAGAAGAAAAUACAUGACUCCUACAGUGCUAUCUUUGAGAACUUCAAUCGGGAGAAGGAGGAGCUCUUAAAACAACACGAAAGGGACACCUUGCAAUUAGAGGAGCUGAGAAAGACCAAAGAGGUCAUAGAGGAAGAGUUGCAUGCUCAAGCUCUUAUCCUAGAAUCACUUAACACAACCCUCUACCAAACCCAGAUGGAACUCCAGAGAGAGAAAGCUAUGGUGGCAAAUCUGGAGAAAACACUCCAGACCAAGCUUGCUGAAGCUGAAGAAAAUUUUAAAUAUACCAUACAGCACCUGACAGAAGAAAACAUUCAUCUAAGGCAGAAGACAAUUGCCAAAAAUGAAGAAAUUUUUGAUGAACGAUCUGGGAAAUCGACCUCUGUUACUAUUUACGAGCAUAAUUCUGACAUUUUAGAAGAUGGUGGCAAUGAAACACAAGAAUCAUGAGCAGAAGAAUUGUUCUCUAUCUCCAAAGAUAUUAGGAACA